AUGGAAGCUCUCGACCAGCCCCUGAGUCCCCUCAUUUACUACGAAUAUCUACCAGGAAAUAGAAGACCAAGAAUAUUAUAUCUGAUCUCAGCUGAAGAUCUGAAGAAGCGCAGUUUACAAAAAAACCCCAUAAUUCAAUAUUUAAGUAAUAAAUUGUAUAGCAGCAGCAGUUUGGAAUCGAGCAGCAGUUCAGGCACGACUAAUGGUGGUUUCUUCACCCAGUCUAAUAGUGGCGGCAGCACAGACAGCUCGUCAAGCAGCAAUAACGGAGGAGCUCAGUCACAGACACGCACUAACGUAGGGUCUGGCAGUAGCUCUGGCACCGGUUAUGAUGGUUUCUUCACCCAGUCUAAUAGUGGCGGCAGCACAGACAGCUCGUCAAGCAGCAAUAACGGAGGAGCUCAGUCACAGACACGCACUAAAGUAGGGUCUGGCAGUAGCUCUGGCACCGGUUAUGAUGGUUUCUUCACCCAGUCUAAUAGUGGCGGCAGCACAGACAGCUCGUCAAGCAGCAAUAACGGAGGAGCUCAGUCUCAGACAAGCACUAACGUAGGGUCUGGCAGUAGCUCUGGCACGAGUAAUGGUGGUUUCCUCACCCAGUCUAAUAGUGGCGGCAGCACAGACAGCUCGUCAAGCAGCAAUAGCGGAGGAGCUCAGUCACAGACACGCACUAACGUAGGGUCUGGCAGUAGCUCUGGCACCGGUUAUGAUGGUUUCUUCACCCAGUCUAAUAGUGGCGGCAGCACAGACAGCUCGUCAAGCAGCAAUAACGGAGGAGCUCAGUCUCAGACAAGCACUAACGUAGGGUCUGGCAGUAGCUCUGGCACGAGUAAUGGUGGUGUCUUCACCCAGUCUAAUAGUGGCGGCAGCACAGACAGCUCGUCGAGCAGCAAUAACGGAGGAGCUCAGUCACAGACACGCACUAACGUAGGGUCUGGCAGUAGUUCUGGCACCGAUUAUGAUGGUUUCUUCACCCAGUCUAAUAGUGGCGGCAGCACAGACAGCUCGUCAAGCAGCAAUAACGGAGGAGCUCAGUCACAGACACGCACUAACGUAGGGUCUGGCAGUAGCUCUGGCACCGGUUAUGAUGGUUUCUUCACCCAGUCUAAUAGUGGCGGCAGCACAGACAGCUCGUCAAGCAGCAAUAACGGAGGAGCUCAGUCACAGACACGCACUAACGUAGGGUCUGGCAGUAGCUCUGGCACCGGUUAUGAUGGUUUCUUCACCCAGUCUAAUAGUGACGGCAGCACAGACAGCUCAUCAAGCAGCAAUAACGGAGGAGCUCAGUCUCAGUCAAUCACUAACGUAGGGUCUGGCAGUAGCUCUGGCACGAUUAAUGGUGGUGUCUUCACCCAGUCUAAUAGUGGAGGCAGCACAGACAGCUCGUCGAGCAGCAAUAACGGAGGAGCUCAGUCACAGACACGCACUAACGUAGGGUCUGGCAGUAGCUCUGGCACGAGUAAUGGUGGUGUCUUUACCCAGUCUAAUAGUGGCGGCAGCACAGACAGCUCGUCAAGCAGCAAUAACGGAGGAGCUCAGUCACAGACACGCACUAACGUAGGGUCUGGCAGUAGCUCUGGCACCGGUUAUGAUGGUUUCUUCACCCAGUCUAAUAGUGGCGGCAGCACAGACAGCUCGUCAAGCAGCAAUAACGGAGGAGCUCAGUCACAGACACGCACUAACGUAGGGUCUGGCAAUAGCUCUGGCACGAGUAAUGGUGGUGUCUUCACCCAGUCUAAUAGUGGCGGCAGCACAGACAGCUCGUCAAGCAGCAAUAACGGAGGAGCUCAGUCACAGACACGCACUAACGUAGGGUCUGGCAGUAGCUCUGGCACCGGUUAUGAUGGUUUCUUCACCCAGUCUAAUAGUGACGGCAGCACAGACAGCUCAUCAAGCAGCAAUAACGGAGGAGCUCAGUCUCAGUCAAUCACUAACGUAGGGUCUGGCAGUAGCUCUGGCACGAGUAAUGGUGGUGUCUUCACCCAGUCUAAUAGUGGCGGCAGCACAGACAGCUCGUCGAGCAGCAAUAACGGAGGAGCUCAGUCACAGACACGCACUAACGUAGGGUCUGGCAGUAGCUCUGGCACCGGUUAUAAUGGUUUCUUCACCCAGUCUAAUAGUGACGGCAGCACAGACAGCUCAUCAAGCAGCAAUAACGGAGGAGCUCAGUCUCAGUCAAUCACUAACCUAGGGUCUGGCAGUAGCUCUGGCACGAGUAAUGGUGGUGUCUUCACCCAGUCUAAUAGUGGCGGCAGCACAGACAGCUCGUCGAGCAGCAAUAACGGAGGAGCUCAGUCACAGACACGCACUAACGUAGGGUCUGGCAGUAGCUCUGGCACGAGUAACGGUGGUUUCUUCACCCAGUCAAAUAGUGGCGGCAGCACAGACAGCUCGUCAAGCAGCAAUAACGGAGGAGCUCAGUCACAGACACGCACUAACGUAGGGUCUGGCAGUAGCUCUGGCACCGGUUAUGAUGGUUUCUUCACCCAGUCUAAUAGUGGCGGCAGCACAGACAGCUCGUCAAGCAGCAAUAACGGAGGAGCUCAGUCACAGACACGCACUAACGUAGGGUCUGGCAGUAGCUCUGGCACGAGUAAUGGUGGUGUCUUCACCCAGUCUAAUAGUGGCGGCAGCACAGACAGCUCGUCGAGCAGCAAUAACGGAGGAGCUCAGUCACAGACACGCACUAACGUAGGGUCUGGCAGUAGCUCUGGCACGAGUUAUGGUGGUGUCUUCACCCAGUCUAAUAGUGGCGGCAGCACAGACAGCUCGUCAAGCAGCAAUAACGGAGGAGCUCAGACUCAGACAAUCACUAACGUAGGGUCUGGCAGUAGCUCUGGCACGAGUAAUGGUGGUUUCCUCACCCAGUCUAAUAGUGGCGGCAGCACAGACAGCUCGUCAAGCAGCAAUAACGGAGGAGCUCAGUCACAGACACGCACUAACGUAGGGUCUGGCAGUAGCUCUGGCACGAGUAAUGGUGGUUUCCUCACCCAGUCUAAUAGUGGCGGCAGCACAGACAGCUCGUCAAGCAGCAAUAACGGAGGAGCUCAGUCACAGACACGCACUAACGUAGGGUCUGGCAGUAGCUCUGGCACGAGUAAUGGUGGUGUCUUCACCCAGUCUAAUAGUGGCGGCAGCACAGACAGCUCGUCAAGCAGCAAUAACGGAGGAGCUCAGUCACAGACACGCACUAACGUAGGGUCUGGCAGUAGCUCUGGCACCGGUUAUGAUGGUUUCUUCACCCAGUCUAAUAGUGACGGCAGCACAGACAGCUCAUCAAGCAGCAAUAACGGAGGAGCUCAGUCUCAGUCAAUCACUAACGUAGGGUCUGGCAGUAGCUCUGGCACCGGUUAUGAUGGUUUCUUCACCCAGUCUAAUAGUGACGGCAGCACAGACAGCUCAUCAAGCAGCAAUAACGGAGGAGCUCAGUCUCAGUCAAUCACUAACGUAGGGUCUGGCAGUAGCUCUGGCACCGGUUAUGAUGGUUUCUUCACCCAGUCUAAUAGUGGCGGCAGCACAGACAGCUCGUCAAGCAGCAAUAACGGAGGAGCUCAGUCACAGACACGCACUAACGUAGGGUCUGGGAGUAGCUCUGGCACCGGUUAUGAUGGUUUCUUCACCCAGUCUAAUAGUGGCGGCAGCACAGACAGCUCGUCAAGCAGCAAUAACGGAGGAGCUCAGUCACAGACACGCACUAACGUAGGGUCUGGCAAUAGCUCUGGCACGAGUAAUGGUGGUGUCUUCACCCAGUCUAAUAGUGGCGGCAGCACAGACAGCUCGUCAAGCAGCAAUAACGGAGGAGCUCAGUCACAGACACGCACUAACGUAGGGUCUGGCAGUAGCUCUGGCACCGGUUAUGAUGGUUUCUUCACCCAGUCUAAUAGUGACGGCAGCACAGACAGCUCAUCAAGCAGCAAUAACGGAGGAGCUCAGUCUCAGUCAAUCACUAACGUAGGGUCUGGCAGUAGCUCUGGCACGAGUAAUGGUGGUGUCUUCACCCAGUCUAAUAGUGGCGGCAGCACAGACAGCUCGUCGAGCAGCAAUAACGGAGGAGCUCAGUCACAGACACGCACUAACGUAGGGUCUGGCAGUAGCUCUGGCACCGGUUAUGAUGGUUUCUUCACCCAGUCUAAUAGUGGCGGCAGCACAGACAGCUCGUCAAGCAGCAAUAACGGAGGAGCUCAGUCACAGACACGCACUAACGUAGGGUCUGGCAGUAGCUCUGGCACCGGUUAUGAUGGUUUCUUCACCCAGUCUAAUAGUGGCGGCAGCACAGACAGCUCGUCAAGCAGCAAUAACGGAGGAGCUCAGUCACAGACACGCACUAACGUAGGGUCUGGCAGUAGCUCUGGCACGAGUAAUGGUGGUGUCUUCACCCAGUCUAAUAGUGGCGGCAGCACAGACAGCUCGUCGAGCAGCAAUAACGGAGGAGCUCAGUCACAGACACGCACUAACGUAGGGUCUGGCAGUAGCUCUGGCACGAGUUAUGGUGGUGUCUUCACCCAGUCUAAUAGUGGCGGCAGCACAGACAGCUCGUCAAGCAGCAAUAACGGAGGAGCUCAGUCUCAGACAAUCACUAACGUAGGGUCUGGCAGUAGCUCUGGCACGAGUAAUGGUGGUUUCCUCACCCAGUCUAAUAGUGGCGGCAGCACAGACAGCUCGUCAAGCAGCAAUAACGGAGGAGCUCAGUCACAGACGCGCACUAACGUAGGGUCUGGCAGUAGCUCUGGUACGAGUAAUGGUGGUUUCCUCACCCAGUCUAAUAGUGGCGGCAGCACAGACAGCUCGUCAAGCAGCAAUAACGGAGGAGCUCAGUCACAGACACGCACUAACGUAGGGUCUGGCAGUAGCUCUGGCACGAGUAAUGGUGGUGUCUUCACCCAGUCUAAUAGUGGCGGCAGCACAGACAGCUCGUCAAGCAGCAAUAACGGAGGAGCUCAGUCACAGACACGCACUAACGUAGGGUCUGGCAGUAGCUCUGGCACCGGUUAUGAUGGUUUCUUCACCCAGUCUAAUAGUGACGGCAGCACAGACAGCUCAUCAAGCAGCAAUAACGGAGGAGCUCAGUCUCAGUCAAUCACUAACGUAGGGUCUGGCAGUAGCUCUGGCACCGGUUAUGAUGGUUUCUUCACCCAGUCUAAUAGUGGCGGCAGCACAGACAGCUCGUCAAGCAGCAAUAACGGAGGAGCUCAGUCACAGACACGCACUAACGUAGGGUCUGGGAGUAGCUCUGGCACCGGUUAUGAUGGUUUCUUCACCCAGUCUAAUAGUGGCGGCAGCACAGACAGCUCGUCAAGCAGCAAUAACGGAGGAGCUCAGUCACAGACACGCACUAACGUAGGGUCUGGCAGUAGCUCUGGCACGAGUAAUGGUGGUGUCUUCACCCAGUCUAAUAGUGGCGGCAGCACAGACAGCUCGUCGAGCAGCAAUAACGGAGGAGCUCAGUCACAGACACGCACUAACGUAGGGUCUGGCAGUAGCUCUGGCACCGGUUAUGAUGGUUUCUUCACCCAGUCUAAUAGUGACGGCAGCACAGACAGCUCAUCAAGCAGCAAUAACGGAGGAGCUCAGUCUCAGUCAAUCACUAACGUAGGGUCUGGCAGUAGCUCUGGCACGAGUAAUGGUGGUGUCUUCACCCAGUCUAAUAGUGGCGGCAGCACAGACAGCUCGUCGAGCAGCAAUAACGGAGGAGCUCAGUCACAGACACGCACUAACGUAGGGUCUGGCAGUAGCUCUGGCACCGGUUAUGAUGGUUUCUUCACCCAGUCUAAUAGUGACGGCAGCACAGACAGCUCAUCAAGCAGCAAUAACGGAGGAGCUCAGUCUCAGUCAAUCACUAACCUAGGGUCUGGCAGUAGCUCUGGCACGAGUAAUGGUGGUGUCUUCACCCAGUCUAAUAGUGGCGGCAGCACAGACAGCUCGUCGAGCAGCAAUAACGGAGGAGCUCAGUCACAGACACGCACUAACGUAGGGUCUGGCAGUAGCUCUGGCACGAGUAACGUUGGUUUCUUCACCCAGUCAAAUAGUGGCGGCAGCACAGACAGCUCGUCAAGCAGCAAUAACGGAGGAGCUCAGUCACAGACACGCACUAACGUAGGGUCUGGCAGUAGCUCUGGCACGAGUUAUGGUGGUGUCUUCACCCAGUCUAAUAGUGGCGGCAGCACAGACAGCUCGUCAAGCAGCAAUAACGGAGGAGCUCAGUCACAGACACGCACUAACGUAGGGUCUGGCAGUAGCUCUGGCACCGGUUAUGAUGGUUUCUUCACCCAGUCUAAUAGUGGCGGCAGCACAGACAGCUCGUCAAGCAGCAAUAACGGAGGAGCUCAGUCACAGACACGCACUAACGUAGGGUCUGGCAGUAGCUCUGGCACGAGUAAUGGUGGUGUCUUCACCCAGUCUAAUAGUGGCGGCAGCACAGACAGCUCGUCGAGCAGCAAUAACGGAGGAGCUCAGUCACAGACACGCACUAACGUAGGGUCUGGCAGUAGCUCUGGCACCGGUUAUGAUGGUUUCUUCACCCAGUCUAAUAGUGACGGCAGCACAGACAGCUCAUCAAGCAGCAAUAACGGAGGAGCUCAGUCUCAGUCAAUCACUAACCUAGGGUCUGGCAGUAGCUCUGGCACGAGUAAUGGUGGUGUCUUCACCCAGUCUAAUAGUGGCGGCAGCACAGACAGCUCGUCAAGCAGCAAUAACGGAGGAGCUCAGUCACAGACACGCACUAACGUAGGGUCUGGCAGUAGCUCUGGCACGAGUAAUGGUGGUUUCCUCACCCAGUCUAAUAGUGGCGGCAGCACAGACAGCUCGUCAAGCAGCAAUAACGGAGGAGCUCAGUCACAGACACGCACUAACGUAGGGUCUGGCAGUAGCUCUGGCACGAGUAAUGGUGGUUUCCUCACCCAGUCUAAUAGUGGCGGCAGCACAGACAGCUCGUCAAGCAGCAAUAACGGAGGAGCUCAGUCUCAGACAAGCGCUAACGUAGGUUCUGGCAGUAGCUCGUUUACUCUAAAUGGAGUUGACUAUACGAAGAGACACGGUGUUGGACUGGUUCGACGUGGAAGAGUACCCCAUUAUUACGUAGAUCGUUCCUACAAUAAGAAUUUUCAAUCUUCUAAGCAUACCGCAUCGAGUUUUAAUACUGCGUAUGCCUCCAAAGUUUUACAGAAAGCAAACAGGAAUUUGAACGACUCCACAAAUACGGUUGUCUAUGAAAAUAAUUUUAAUCAAGAAGCUAGUACAAGUAAUGUCGCGCGUGAAGUAACUUCAGAGAAUUUUUCGGAAAUUCGCGGAAACUAUGGCGUUAGGGAUUAAUA